AGUGACGACACGCGUCGUGUUUACGACAGUUGCCAUUGACCGAGCGGUGGUGUUAGCUCUUUAGCACAGCUUGAUGUUCAUGCACGUUUGUCAAUAUUUUCAUCGUCGUCAUGUUGGUGUGUCUAAUUAAAGUAUGCCAGUCCUUCACGCUUAACGUUUAAGAAAGACAAUGAUGGCGUAAAGGCAGCAAAGGAAGGAGAGGAUCUGUCAAGUCUCCACAGUAAAGGAGAGGAAGAGGUGUCCUCUAAGAUGGCCACAGAACUCCAUGAGACCAUAGUCAUGGCCAAGCAGGAGCGCCACAAAAAUCUCUUUCUCAACUACAGGAAUCUGAACAAUUUUCCUGUCGAGCUGCUCAAAGAUGAAGGCCUGCAGUUUCUGGAGAGGCUGUACAUGAAGAGGAACUCGCUCACUACUUUGCCUGACAAUCUUGCACAGAAGCUACCAAAUCUAAUAGAACUGUAUUUGCACUCCAACAACAUCGUGAUUAUUCCAGAAGCCAUUGGAAACUUGGCCCGGCUGCAGUCACUGGACCUGAGCAACAAUGCCCUCCAGCUCCUGUGCCCGGAGGUGGGCCGACUGAGCUCGCUACGCCACCUGAGGCUGUCGAACAACCAGCUGAAGUGCCUCCCUCCAGAGAUCGGCGACCUGCAUGAACUGGAGACUUUGGACGUGUCCAUGAACCAGCUCAUGUCCCUCCCUGAUCGACUACACCGCUGCCUCUCUCUGCAGAACCUGAGCGCCGACCACAACCUGCUGAGCCACGUCCCCCGCCACCUCUGCUGGCUGCACCGCCUCAACCAGCUCUCCAUGGCGGCUAACCGCCUUACCUUCCUGCCGCUCGAUCUGGGCCGAUCAAGGGAACUCCAGUUUGUAUUUGUGGACAACAAUUUGGAGCUGAAAGGCCUCCCGUCCUACUUGUACAACAAGGUCAUCGGCUGCAGCGGGUGCGGCGUGUCGCCACAGGUGCUAGCUGGCGAACUGGGCGACUUCCUGGGCGAGGCUCUGAGCGAGGCGCUGGUCGGGCUGCCUGCUGAAGUCAAGGUGGUCGCCUCGGAGACAGACAACGUAGUUCCUCUGGAGGAGCUCGCCAUGAGAACGCUACACCUCCUCUACCACCAGCAGCAUCACCACCACCACCGACACCACACAGAUGUCAACCUCCUGCCUCCCAUCGCUCUCCCGAAGAGUCUUCUGGACCUGCUGCAGUUCCCUCUGGGUCACUGUCACCGCUGCAGCCAAGCCAUGUUCACCAUCAUCUACCCCAAACUCUUCCCACUGCGGCACACCGCCCUGGCAGGCGUGCACCGCAGGGCUACCGUCAGUUUCGUAGCGUACUGCUGCUCCAACCGCUGCCUUCGGACGUUUAACUUGCAAGGAUGAACGCACUGCUUUGUUCCGGCUCCUCCCACUUUCAAGCCUCCGGAUGUCGCGUUGUCGAGCGGCACCUGUCCGAGUCCGACGCUUGGCGGCGCUUACAGCGAGCACGGGACGGCAACAGCCUAGACGGCUGUGGACCAUGACGGUGUUCCCGCGUGCGUAUGAACUCGUCAUGUGAACUUUGCUGUGCCCUUUGAAAUGAUAAACUGUCUGUGUUGCAGCUCUAAUGGAAGUAGACAUGAAGUAGACCCCCCCCCCCAAAGAAGAAGAAAAGGACGUGACUUUGAGAGAAUGUAGUUGAUGUCUUGGUAGCCGCCACGCACACACUAGACGUUGAAUCUUCAGAGGGAAUUCAGUUUUACCAACUUAUAUUUUCUGUACAGUCUAGCACGCAGGGACAUACAGCAGACAUGCAGUGAACCCCACAAGGACUCUGCUUUCCCCUUUUUUAAAUGUAGCGUUAGUGUAUCGUUUUGUUUUAAUGAUGCACAAAGCCACGUGUGAUCGUGUUACCUUUUUGUGUGCGCUUGUGUUCCUUUGACAGUAAACAUUGACUGACCUUUGGGGGACCCCCCCACCCCCUCACGUUUAUGUGUUCUGCAUUUGCAACUUGUUACUGUUUCCAUGGAAAUCACACAUCAGCAACGCAUCACUCAUGAUUUUGUGCUUGCCAGGUCGCAAGACUUUAGUGGGACUUGCCCCCCCCCCCAAAAGGCUUCGCUACACAUCUAAAAAUACCAACUCUCCGUAAGUCAGCUACAGGUGCACGUGUGGGAGCUGGGAGUUUGAUCAUUUUGUUUUUCUAGCAUGAUGCUGCUGUUAACAUGUGAGUGUAAUGUUAGCACUUUAGCAUCACGUAGCUAGCUAUGCUAGUGUUGCUACUGUUUGCGUCCUCUUGUCCCACUUCUUAAUGUUCCGCUGUUGUGUGUGAUCUUUGGCAUGAAAGCAACAGAGUCAAACCAGCGUGUUCCCGGUAGGACUUCGGUGUCCACACUUUUUCCAGCAAGGGCCUUCGUACAGAACAGUUGGAUGCGACGGGGCCGUAUUCAUACAUUUUGUGCAUUAAAGAUGCUAAAAACAGUCCAAUGUCGUCCAUACAUGCCAAGUAAGAUGGCAUCACUGCUCAGUUUUCUUAUUCCCUGGCAGACCAGGUGUGUUAUAAUGUGUUUUUGAGCGAAGGCGAAGAGGUAGCAUCAAAUCUAUUUGUGGCAGGCCGUCACAAAUAAAUGGAUCUGCGGGAAACACUGAGAUUUUUUUUUGUUUACAGCAGAAAAUAAAAAAUACACUCCUGAUCAAAAUCUUAAGACCGGUUGAAAAAUUGCUGGAAUUUGCAUUUUGCACAUUUGGAUCUUAAUGAGGUUUUAAGUAGAGCUACAACAUGCAAAUGCAAGAAGGGGGACUGAGACAAAAAGCACUUUGAAAAAUUAAUUUAUUGAAAACAACAAGCUAAAAUAGGUUAUCAGUUGAUCAAAAGUUUAAGACCACAGGUGAUAAAAGCCAAAAUCUGCUCAAAAUGUUGAUUUAGUGUCAGGCAUUCACACUGUCAUGUCCUGAUGGUAAAGCUAAGAAGCUUUCUCUUUUUCAACGUGGUGGGAUUGUGGAGCUGCAUAAGCAAGGCCUCUCGCAGCGAGCCAUGGCUGCUGAGGUUGGGGACAGGAAAUCAGCCAUUCUACAUUUUUUGAAAGAUCCUGAGCAUUAUGGAACAAAAAAGUCACACCUGUGCUGAGCCGGAGGAUCCGAUUGGCUGUCACCAAGACACAGGGCGGUCUUCCACCCACAUUAAGGCCUUACUGGUGCAGACUGCAGGGCAAUAACCAUCAGACGCCAUCUGCAGGAAAAGGCUUUAAAAAACAAAAAAGAAAUUCAAAGACCUGGUCUCCUUCAACGCCACAAAAGUGCCCGUUUAGAUUUUGCCAGGGAGCAUCAAACAUGGGACAUUGAAAGGUGGAAAAAGUUUUAUUCUCUGAUGAGAAAAAAUGUAACCUUGACGGUCCAGAUGGCUUCCAACGUUACUGGCAUGACAAGGAGAUCCCACCUGAGAUGUUUUCUACCCGGCACAGUGGAGGGGGGGUCCAUCAUGAUCUGGGGUGCUUUUUCAUUCAGUGGAGCACCAGAGCUUCAGGUGGUGCGGGGUCGUCAAACGGCGGCCGCUUACGUGCAGAUGUUGCAGCGGGCAUCCCUCAUGACCGAGGGCCCUCGUCUGUGUGGUAACAGCUGGGUUCUUCAACAGGACAACGCUGCAGGUCACAAUGCUGGCUUGACCAAGGACUUCUUCAGGGAGAAUAACAUCACCCUUUAGGACCAUCCUGCAUGUUCCCCUCAUUUAAAUCCCAUAGAGAACAUUUGGGGGUGGAUGGCAAGGGAAGUUUCUAAAAAUGUCCCAUCAUGUCUGUACUUUCCAUAGCUACAGGUUGCCGCCUUUACCGGAGAUGUGUUGUUUUCAAUCUGCCACCACCGUCUUCAGCCUCACCUCAAGCUCUCGAGACGCUUACAGGACAGCAUUUGCAUUUUGCUCACAUUAACAUGGCGGAACUUUUUUUUUCAUUGAUAAAUUUGAUCAGGCAAAUUACUGUCUGAUUUGUCUACCUGCAGCCAUCAGGUGUGUCCUAUUGCAUUGCUUAUUCAAUCAGUAAACAGCACUGAAUGUCUACACUCAGUAUCAAAUUGGUUAGGAUAGGUUUUGCCUGUGCAGACUGCAUUUAGAAGUGAAAACAACAUGAAAACCAGAGAGAUAGCUAUGAGUCUAAACAAGCAAUUGUGACUCUGAGAGAAAGAUUCAGCAUGACAGAGUCUGUCAACCACUGACGAAUUUUGAUGAUUAACGCCACGGUGCUUUUACACAGUCGGACGCUGAGCGUCUCCUGACGUCAUUGGGGAAGCGUAGAGUGGAUUGUUCCACUGUGCGAAACUGGACGGUCAUUGGAUAAAUGCUGGGCUAUGUCCUGCCCAUCGGACACUCAGCGUCUCUGGGGGGUUUAUGGGGCAGUGGGCUGGCCCGGACGCUCAGCUUCUGCAUGACGAUUGGAUGAUGUGUCGGAGGAGGAAUCACUUUUUGAUUGACAGGGAAAUGAUCUUGAAUCAGCGAUCUUGAAGUAUAAACCUUCACCGGAGCAUUUUCCAAGUUUUUCCUUCCGUUUUUCACCCCUCCUUGAAUGACCAGCACCUGCCACUGUGCUCUACUGAGCUUCUGCACCCGUAAACGUUUUUCUCAUUUUCCAGCGUGUCUGUGAGCAUCGUGCAUGGAAUGGUCGCGUAAUCAGAUGGCGCUGUGGGCGGGACGAUGCUGGAGACCGAGAACAGCAGACAGAGAUGCUCGGCUGCAUCAGAGCCACAAUAACCCCGUUUUAAAUUGAUCUCUUAUUGGCUGUCGGAUAAAAUACAUUUAAAAAAAAAAACAGAUGACGGUAUGUGUCAGAAUCUUAUAAUCGGCGGAUCACCAGUUGAGAUGGAUGCACGAUAAACAAAUAAAACCAGAAGCAGGAACAAAUUGAUGCUUGAAGUUUAUUGCAAUGACUGUAAAAGCCUGUUUGUGCUCACGAGGAGACAAACUGAGCGGCCGCUCUUGUUGACUCUUGGAGAUGCAAACAAUCACACUCGAACUUGACACGCCACACCAGCUGUUUCAGUACAGCGGACGUCAUCCCACAGGCCCCAGGCUGGACAAGGACAGGAGACAACAUUCAGUGUCAGGCUGAGACAGACGUCCAGCGAGAUGUUUAGUUGAACUUACUGUCACUGUUUAUCCACACGCAGCCCUCUUGGCCGUUAGCGUUGUUGGGCUGACCUUCGGCCCAUGCAGCAUAGGUCACUUCUUUACCUUCAUCCAUCCGGUAGUAUUUUUUACCAUCCUGAAACAAAGACAUCCAUUGUGAUCUCUUCAUCCGCUUACCACCAUCAUCGUCAUUGGCUGCUUACUUACUCUUCUAACACCCAACCAGUAGUGGAUUCGCUGCGGGGACGCCUGUUUCAUCAUACACAGCAGCUUCUUUUGCUCCUCGGCAUUUUUCAGUACUACCAAAUAACUGCGAAAGCGCCAACUCUCACACUCCAUCUGAUACGUGGACAAUGAAGAAGUUUACAACUAGAAGGCGUUAAUGGCUGCUGAUUGUGUUUGCUGAUGUUUCACCAGUGCGCCUUGAAAAUCCUUUUCCGUGGUUGAUAUCUUGACACAGGUGUAGUCAUUCAGUUGGUAAGCGCCAGGUAUACUUAAACGACAUGGUUCCGGCACGUUGUUGGCACACAUGGUUGUCAACUCUUCAUCGGUGUCUGUGACACACAAACACUGUCAGUCUUUGUCUGCCGCUCGUCAGAAUCAGUAUCGCUGACGUUUUGCUUCUUACAAGAUUGAGCAAUGGCAGACGCGACCAUCAGCGCCCCCAUCAGGAGGACAGUCGUCACAGCAGAAGGCAUGGCUCAGGAUGAGUCUGACCUGGGAACAGCACAUCACUCAUUUUUCUGAUCAACCUCUGCCAUGUUUCUCUUCUACUCACCGGAGAUGUGUCCUUUUCAAUCUGGCUCCACCGUCUUCAGCCUCACCUCAAGAUCUGGGCUCUUAAAUACCUUCAAUGACGCCUGCAGGCCAGCAUUUGCAGACUGGUCACAUUAACGUGGCGGCACCUUUUUUUCUGUGGUAAAUUUGAUCAGGCAAAUACCUGUCUGAUUUGUCUGCUUGGAAAAUAACAUAUCCUACCUGCGGCCAUCUGGUGUGUCCUAUCGCAUUGCUUAUUCACUCAGUAAAUAGCACUGAAUGUCUACACUCAGUAUCAAAUUGGUUAGGAUAGUUUUUGCGGAUUGCAUUUCGAGGUGAAAACAACAUGAAAACCUUGUGAAUCUGACAGAAGAAGAUUCAGCACGAGGAAGUCCGUCAAUCACUGACCAGCCAUUGGCUGUCUCAGUUGGAAUACUUUUGUCAGUACGCUUUGAUAAGUAUACUGUGUUCACUGCGCACUUAGUUGCUGAGGGUGUGAAUUUUGACAGUGUAGUGCUGUCCCACAUCCAUUACUGUUAGUGCACACUUACCAGAAAUGCCAAUUGCAAUAUUUACCUUCUUCUUUAUUGUAUUGUAUUGGAUUUUGUAUUUGUAUUUGUACUUUAUUUAUCCCACAGCGGGGAAAUUCACUUGUUACAGCAGCAAGCAAGAUACGCAAGUAAAGAAUACAUAUUGACUACAACAUGGUUCAGGUGGUGCAGGUGUUGUAGAGCCUGACAGCGGUCGGUAUGAAGGACCUGCGGAACCUCUCCUUCUUACACCGUGGGUGUAACAGUCUGCUGCUGAAGGAGCUGCUAAGGGAACCCACAGUGUCAUGUAGGGGGUGAGAGGUGUUGUCCAUGAUGGAUGUCAGCUUAGCCAACAUCCUUCUCUCCCCCACUUCCUCCACGGAGUCCAGAGGACCGUCCAGGACAGAGCUCGCUCUCCUGAUCAGUCUAUUGAUCCUGCUCCUGUCCCUGUCCGUGCUGCCCCCUCUCCAGCAGCAGACAGCAUAGAAGAUGGCUGAGGCCACCACAGAGUCAUAAAAGGUCCGUAAAAGAGUCCUGCACACACCAAAGGACCUCAGUCUCCUCAGCAGGUGGAGGCGACUCUGGUUCUUCUUGUCGAGGGCCUUAUCCUCUCCUUUUUAAUUGUGAAUUGCAACCACUUGAGUUCGGCUCUCCUCUUCUGUGACGUCUGAGGUCUCAGUCUCGCAGGACCAUAUUUUGUGGCCCCCUUUCCAGUGUAGACAUUUAC